GGGGGAGGCGCGGGGCAAGGGUCGGGGAUCGGGCGGAGGGGGAUUGCCUCCCCCGGCUACGUGGCCCCCCCCGUGCCGCGCACCCCGGGUGGAGGGUGGGGUGUGCGGGGCCCGCUCUGCCCCCUCCCCCCCGCGGGGCCGCCUUGGGCUCAUCCCUCCAGUCUCGCCGCCAGGUGCCUCCGGCUCGGCCGACGCCCGGUGCUCGCCGGCUGCAGCGGGGUGCUGACGCCCCUGGGCGUCUUCCCCGCCGGGUCCCGCCGCCCCAGGCGCUGCCCUGCCAGCCGGGCGCGGGCCGCAGGGGGCAGGAGCCGCCAUGGCCGACACGCUGGAGUUCAACGAGAUCUACCAGGAGGUGAAAGGGUCCAUGAAUGAUGGGCGGUUGCGCCUGAGUCGCCAAGGUGUGAUCUUCAAGAACAGCAAGACAGGCAAAGUGGACAACAUCCAAGCUUCGGAGCUGUCGGAGGGUGUCUGGCGCCGUGUGGCGCUGGGCCAUGGUCUCAAACUGAUCACCAAAAAUGGCCACGUCUACAAGUAUGAUGGUUUCAGGGAAUCGGAGUUUGACAAACUCUCAGAUUUCUUUAAAUCUCACUAUCGCCUAGAACUGGCAGAGAAGGACCUGUGUGUGAAAGGGUGGAACUGGGGAACUGUGCGGUUUGGAGGCCAGCUUCUCUCCUUUGACAUUGGGGAGCAGCCAGUGUUUGAGAUCCCUCUCAGCAAUGUGUCACAGUGUACAACGGGCAAGAAUGAAGUGACGUUGGAGUUCCAUCAAAAUGAUGAUGCUGAGGUGUCCCUCAUGGAGGUGCGCUUCUACGUCCCUCCCACACAGGAGGACGGUGUGGACCCUGUGGAGGCGUUUGCCCAGAACGUGCUCUCCAAGGCAGAUGUCAUCCAAGCAACUGGGGACGCCAUCUGCAUAUUCCGGGAGUUGCAGUGCCUGACGCCACGUGGUCGCUACGAUAUUCGCAUUUACCCCACUUUUCUGCAUCUGCAUGGCAAGACCUUUGACUAUAAGAUUCCCUACCCCACCGUGCUGCGGCUCUUCCUACUGCCCCACAAGGACCAGCGGCAGAUGUUUUUUGUGAUCAGCUUGGACCCUCCGAUAAAGCAGGGCCAGACGCGCUACCACUUCCUGAUCCUGCUGUUCUCCAAGGAUGAGGACAUCUCUCUGACUCUUAACAUGAAUGAGGAGGAGGUGGAGAAGCGAUUUGAGGGCCGGCUCACGAAGAAUAUGUCCGGCUCCCUGUAUGAGAUGGUCAGCCGGGUCAUGAAAGCGCUAGUGAACCGCAAGAUCACUGUACCUGGCAACUUCCAGGGGCACUCAGGGGCCCAGUGCAUCACCUGCUCCUACAAGGCCAGCUCAGGGCUGCUGUACCCACUGGAGCGUGGGUUCAUCUAUGUGCACAAGCCCCCUGUGCACAUCCGCUUUGACGAGAUCUCCUUUGUCAACUUUGCCCGUGGGACCACUACCACCCGCUCCUUUGACUUUGAGAUUGAGACCAAGCAGGCCACACAGUACACCUUCAGCAGCAUAGAACGGGAAGAGUAUGGGAAGCUUUUUGACUUUGUCAAUGCCAAGAAGCUGAACAUCAAGAACCGAGGACACAAGGAGAAGAAAAAGGUCCGUCCGAUUCCCCUCUUCUUCCUCCUCCUCCUCCUCCUCCUGGUGCAGGACAUCAAGCAGAGCUAUGAUGAAUAUGCUGAUUCAGAUGAGGACCAGCAUGACGCCUACCUGGAGAGGAUGAAGGAAGAGGGCAAGAUCCGUGAGGAGAAUGCCAAUGACAGCAGCGAUGAGUCUGGGGAAGAGACAGAUGAGUCAUUCAACCCUGGGGAGGAGGAUGAUGAUGUGGCAGAGGAAUUCAACAGUCAUCCCUCAGCCAGCUCCUCUAGUGGUGAUGGUGACAGUGACCGUGACGAGAAGAAACCAGCCAAGAAGGCCAAGAUUGUCAGGGAGCGCAAACCUCGCAAGAAACAGUUGGAGGGUAAGAAAAGCAAGGACCCCGAUGCCCCCAAGCGGCCAAUGUCUGCCUACAUGCUCUGGCUAAAUGCUAGUCGUGAGAAGAUAAAAUCAGACCACCCUGGCAUCAGCAUCACCGACUUGUCCAAGAAGGCUGGGGAGCUCUGGAAGGCCAUGUCCAGGGAGAAGAAAGAGGUGUGGGAACGCAAGGCAGAAGAUGCCAAGAGAGACUAUGAGAAGGCCAUGAAAGAAUACAGUGUUGGGGGCAAAUCAGAGAGCUCCAGGACGGAGAAGUCAAAAAAGAAGAAGAAGAAGCAGGAGAAACAGGUGAAGGGGAAAGUGGAGAAGAAGGGGGUGUCUUCCAAAUCUCCAUCUUCGAAGUCCCCAGUCAAGCCGACCACUGAAAGCUUCAAGAGCAAGGAGUUUGUCUCCAGUGAUGAAAGCUCCUCAGGCGAGAGCAAGAAGGAGGACUCGGAGGAGGAGGAGAUUGCCAGCACACCCCCCAGCUCAGAGGACUCAGCAUCUGGCUCAGAUUAGAGAACCUACCCCUGCCCUCCCUUCAGCCCCGCCCCUUGAGCCAAUGACACUCUUCUUAUGUCAGCAGGGCAAGGCCCAGUCCUCUGCACCCAGGUUUCCCGUCAUCCAACUGGGAGGACUGGAGGGGUGGUGUCAUACUGAGGUCCACACCAUUGGCUAGAACCAGACCUUGGCUCUGCUCCUUCCCUGAUGCCUCUGCCCUGGCCCCAGCCACCUCCUGCUGUGUCCUGCUCCCUGAGCUCUACCAUCCUUCACAGCUCCUGCUGGUGAGGGUUUAGGAAGCACACACUUCCUUUCUUUGCAUGUCACUGAAGGGUACUUGGGGGGUCCUUUGUGUGAUAGGCUGUGAAGAGUGUGGUGGGGGAGUGUUGGGGAGCUGGCUGCAAGGGCUCCUAGGCCCCUCGCUUUCUUGCCCUAUCAGUGUUUUUAUGUUUCGAUUUGUUUCUUUUUUUUGUAUUUCUGGGCUGCCACAUGGGUUGAAUUAAAAAUCAAGUGUCUUUGGA